AUGCGCACCAGCUCGAUUUGGGGGAAGUGCAGUAAGGAGGAGCCAAGAGGUCCCAAGGGAGUCAGGAAGGAGAAAUUGGAUGGGUGCAGCCCACUCUUUACUUCCCCCUCACCCCUACCUUCCUACCCUCUGGAGGAAAAUGAGGGCUUUGGUUUCCCUGGGUCAAAGGCCCUACUGAAUGGAACCUAUCAGCUGCACCAGGAAGGAGCAGUGGGAACAGACAGGUUCCUCCCGCACUACAGUUCCCUACUCCUGGAGACUCGGGCCUCUCCCGAGAAAGCUCCAGGGCAAGAGGAAUGGGUGGUUGUGGCUGCUGGUUUAAAGGUGGAACUUUCUCUGAAGCUCCUUCCCUCUGCUCUUCGUCCUUGCCUCCCCAGCAAGCCUGCCCAUCAGCCUCCUCAAGUGCACCCAGUGACCCCCUACCUUGGGGUGACGCCUGAUGAAGCACAACUCCCCACAGGGCCCCCAGCCCACAGGGGUGGCCAUAUUUGGGCAGUUCCCAGUCCUGUGGGCUCGGCUAUCUGGGGAGCAGAUUUUGGGUCUGGAUCUCCCUGGGGAGUGGGUCCUGGGCUUGGAUCUUUCCCUAGGGGGCCAUCUUACCCCUUCCUCUCCUCCUCCUUCCCCAUUGCUGUAAAUAUUUCAACGAAAUGGAAAAGAAAAAAAAAGACAAAAAAAAAAAAAAAAAGAAAGAAAAUCUCAUCACUUGAAGCCACCGGGAGCCUGUGGCCCAGCCAGCCCGGGGCUUUCUCCGGAGCAGAGUGGCGCCACCGGGCCCUGGCAGCCAGGACUUCUCCGUGUAUGUGUGCAUCCCCAGCCGGGGUGGGCGGGCCGCCAGAGCAGCUUUUUACAAUCCAGAGACAGAAAACAAAAUCUAGAAGCAACAGCGAAACAAAGAACCUGUUUCCUUCCCGGCACCGUUUGUCGCCUCUUUCCCUGCUCCGCCUGUUCCCUGGCAUCAGUCAGCCCUCCUGGGGCGUGUACCUCACUGCCUGCCCCAGGACCGGGGCCUGUCUCCCCCUCCCCUCACCACUGGCCCAGGGGAGGCACCCUUACACCCAAAGAUGCUUUUGCCAAGAUGGCUGCGCUGUCCCUUUGAGUUCUUGCUUCUUGUAUAUUGCUUCUGGGACUCUCUGGGUGUGGAGGAAGGGACUGAUUUCCCACCUAGAGCGGAUGAUGGGGGAAGAAAAGUGAAGGCAGCAGGUGGUGGGUGUGACGGAGGCUGGGAGUGAUGAAGUUGUCUUCUCUCUUGGAGGGAGGGGGGCCGCAAAGGCGAGAGAUCAUCUUCCCUACCCUACACCCUCCUACAGGGAAGGCAAAGCUAGGUACCAGGGUCUGCAGUCAGGACACCCUUGUACCAGGCACUCUACCCCAGACUUUAGACUCCAGAAGCUUUGGGCUGGGGAUGUCUCCUGAGUACCUCUGCCAGCACCCUCCUCUCUAGCCGCUCACCCUGGCCUUCCCACCCUGUCCCCCAACUCCUUGAGAGUAGGGUAGUCCCAUUGCCACAGUAGCCCAGCCCUGUCAUUGCCAUUCUCCCAGGGGUGGCCCUCCACCUCUACUCUGACCCCUUCUUGUCUCUUUUGCCCCUCCCUCUUUUCUCACAAGUGCCAUGAGUUUUCAAACAUCUUGGGUCUCAGCCUGCUGCUGCCAUAAACGACUUUGGGUUUAAGGGGGGGGGCUCUAGGGAGGAACUGGGGGAAAGGGACAGGUAGGUGGCUGGAGGAACCCUUUUUGCUGCUAGAAAGCCCCUCCCUUCUCCUGGGGAGCUGGGGCUGGCUUGUCCCCAUCAGUUAGGGGAGAAGGGGUCAGACCAAAGAUGGUGGUUUGUCCCAUGUAGGGAGACAGGUGUGGGGAGAAGGCAGGGUUGGGUUCCAUCUCUAGCUUUUUCAGGUAGGGAGGCUUAACCUCUCAGCUGAAUACCAUGGGUAAGCCUAGGUGGGGAAGAGAAAUAAGGACAGGGACAGUCUUGGCCAGACCGCUCUGUGGCCUUCCUUGGCAUCACUAGGCCAGGAACUCCACUGUAGGAAGGGGCAGCCAGAGGUCUGUGAAGAGCUGGCAAGAGAAGAGGGAUGAUGGAGAUGGCCCAACAUGAGGUCCAGCUAGAGCCAGAGGCUGCCUCUGACACCAGCAAGAGGGCUAGGAGAAUAGGCUUGGUGGGAGAGUUCACCAGGGGACUGGAAGUAUAAUAAAGAAUCUGCUUCCUUGCCCCUGACCAGCCCUUCUCUCUCUCCAGACACUGACAAUCAGGGGAGAGAGGGUGGGGUGGGUCCCUAAGUUCCCAUUCCAGCCAAAAUCACCAAGGUGGAUUCCCAGGCCUCAGAGCUGCAUGGCAGGGCCCCCUGGUGGGGUUGGACACCACUGCAGCCUAGUGCAAAGCCACCCCCAAGAGCCCAGGUGUCCCCUCACCCCAACCAGACCUGGUGCCUUGACACCCCACCCCAGCUGGGACGGUAUAGAGAAGGAAGGGUCUUGGUUUCCUCUCCUACUCCCUUCCUUGGGCUCCUGAAUUCAUUUCCUUUUAAAUCUAGCAUUUUUCUCUUUUUUGGGGGGGGUAUUUUUUUGUUUCCCUUGCCUUCCUUUCUGUCUCCACCUCUUUCCCUGUGUCUUUCUCACUGUUUCUGUGUUCCUCUUUCACCCUUGAUUUCUCUGUGUCCAUUCGGGCCUCCUCCCCUCUCCCAUCCCUUCCCUGCCCCCCCCAUCCCUCCUUGGUCUCCUUUUCGAUAUGCCAAACCAAUUUUGGGUCGAGUGCAUUUAACGAGAACAAAACAAAAGGCUCAUAACAAGAACGUUUCAAAAAAAAACAAAAAGUUUAAAAAAAAUUGUUGAGUCAAAACAAUAAAGAAAUUAAGAUUUCUUGGAAUGACAA